AUGCCAUCGAUACCCUCCGCACUCUCUCAACAAGCACGGCCAUCGCAUUCUCGGCCUUCUCGAUCCCCAAUUAUUUACCUCGUGGCCAAUGAAUUUGUCCGCUCAGCAGCCCGUGUGCCAGGAUUUAAUGGGCCCAGGGGACUUCCAAUAAUAGGGAACUUGGCAGCCAUUAGGUUUAAUGCGGCAGAAAAAUAUCGUCAGUGGGCAAAGCAAUAUGGAGGCGUCUAUCAGAUACAGCUAGGGAAUAUACCAGUUAUAGUUGUCAACUCAGCUGCGGCGGCAAAGGUAUUGUUCGGGCAAAAUGCGCAGGCUUUGAGCUCCAGACCUGAGUUUUAUACAUUUCACAAGAUUGUGUCAAAUACUGCCGGGACUACAAUAGGGACGUCCCCUUGCAACGAAUCCCUGAAACGUCGAAGAAAAGGUGCUGCUUCUGCACUGAACAGACCAUCUGUUCAAUCAUACGUUGGUCAUCUGGACCUUGAGACCAAGGAUUUCGUGUCCGAGUUACUUAAAUAUGGUGACUCCGGGAAAACCCCAGUGGAUCCCAUGCCUGCAAUUCAACGCCUCAGCCUAAGUUUGGCCUUAACUCUUAACUGGGGAACCAGAAUGACAUCCCAAGAGGAAGAGCUUUUUCAGGAGAUCACCGAAGUUGAGGAGGCUAUUAGCAAGACCAGAAGUACAACUGGUAACCUGCAGGAUUAUAUUCCGUUUUUACGUUUGAAUCCUUUCAGUCGUGGCUCCAAGAUGGCGGCGGAGAUGCGAGAUCGUCGAGACAAAUAUCUGGCAUAUCUGGACUGCGGGUUGAAAGGAGCGUAUGGCGAAAAAUUCACACCAACCGUGCAUCCAGGCUAG